UGUCAUCCUUGGUGACACACAGAGAAUUGGUUCUCUGCUCCUCUGCUCUGCUAAUAUUGCUUGGGAGUGAGUGAUUAUGCAAACACUUGGAUAAGCAGACACAGAAACACAAUGUUAAUGUGAGUGAUAAAAAGUUGCAGGCUUCUUUUCUCCCUAAUUUAUCUCUUCUCCGACAGGAAAUUGGGGCUGCUCUUCUUCUCUCCUAAGCAUUAAGAGCAGCUUUUUCAAGCUUCCACUUUUGUUGACGACGACUUCCACUCGCGUCGUUUUCACCCACUUACAAAAUUAAGUAGGGCCGUGAGUGUAUUUAUGGGCAAAGAGUGGCUGUCUUGGGCCGGCGGCGGCGGAGGAAGCGGGGGUGGAAAUAGUAGGUCCUCCAACAAGACAGCUGCUGGAGGUGGCUGCAUGUCUGCUCUAUUUCAUCUGCACCGUUUCCACUUUCCUUCAACUCACCGGAAUCACUCCAACACAUAUCCGUUCCUUCAAGAACAACACACUACAACUACAGGAGUGGAGGCGCCGAGAAACAGCUUGGAGUUAAACGAGACGGCCGCCACGAAGCAACAAGAAGGUUUAAUUUUUCCGGAGGGCCGCAUUAAAACACAAAGCUCGAAAAUUAGAUUAGAUGAAAUCUCGACGUCAGACUGCAAUUCUCCGGGAACGAAGACACCAAGCGUAGUAGCAAGGCUAAUGGGCCUUGAUUUACUCCCACACCCAGAAUGCACCUCUCCUUCCAUUACCAAAUCAAGAAAAGACACAGCUCUUCUCCAAAUCUACGCCGCCCAUUCCUUGCCGGAGACGCCGCGGACAUCUUCGUCAUCCCGGAAGUCCGACGUGGAGCGCCACCGCCUCUCGCUCCAACUAAACAAAGAGAACGCAUUUUCUCCCUCGGACGGCGGAAGACUCAGGCAAGACGACAAGAAAAUUAGAUCGGUGGGGCUCGACAUCACCAACACCCACAGAAACUCAGACCAAUCCAAGAGAAGUUGGAAAUUUGGAGAGGAGCAAGUCAAGCAAUCAAAUGCAACAAAACUAGUUCAAAGAAAUUCGUCAUCUUAUGAGAUCAAUCAUCAAUCAAAAAGGGUUUUGAAUAAAAUCCCUGUUGUAAAAGAGCGGCAGCAGCAGCACGAGGAAAGCAAGAAAGUUAGCGGAAAAUGCAAGAAAUUGCCGGUUCGAGCUGCUGCAAGUAGGAGAGAGGAUGGAUUUGUUGGUUCUAGAGAGAGAAACAAAUCACAUCUGGCACAAAACAAGUGCAAGAAAAGUCGAUUAUCACGUGACAUUCUCAAGGUAAAUGGUCCAACUCUUGUUCAAGUCAAGAUUGGAGCUGCUCCUUCUCUUGCAAAAUUACCUCAAAAACAGUCGCAGGUAUCAGAAGCUCUAAUUUCAUGGAAGAGCAGCACACAGUUAUCUAGUAAGCCGAGCCAACCGUACAGCUGCCAGCUGCAGCUCAGACACGAUAAGACAUCAUCCACAACCGUCUCAGAAUGCAGUGGCGCCGCUGCUCUCCACGGCGGCGCUUCGCCGGAGAAGAGGAACUACAUCCAAAUGCUCCUCAAACACAGCGGCAUCAUCAACCAAGCUAACCCGAUAGCCAAAUGGCACUCCCCGUCUCAGCCCAUCGACCCCCGACUCUUCCACCACCUCGAACUCAAGGCCGCCACCGGCUUAAGCCACCGGUGGGAGAGGAAGAUGAUUUUUCAGCUGGUUGACGAACUUCUAGCUGAGAAUUUAAGUCGCCAAUUUAAAAUGAACCGGCGAAUUUCUCCCUUUGGCGGUUCUCGGUUGGUGGAGGAACUAUGCAAGAAAGUAGGCAAUUUUCCGGCGGCCAAGUGUGUGGUCCUUGAAGAUAUUGAUUCGUUAAUAGAUAAAGAUUUGAGUAAGCCGCAGUGGGAUGGGUUCUGGGGUGAAGAAGAGGAGAUGGUGCGUGAGAUUGAAGGUGAAAUAGUGGAGUGGUUGGUGUGUGAAGCGGUGGCCGUGAUGGGUGGCGAUGCAGCGGAGGAACUGGUAUUUGCCAUGUGAGGCUCUGGCGUGGCCAAGACUUCUACCUAAGUUCUAAUUAUUUCUACUCUUCUUAUUUUAUUUGACUAACUGAGCUGCCUACCAACCAGAUUUUCGUGAAAUUAAUCGUUGUAAAUAGUACUAACAGUUUUAUUUUAAGGUUCAAAUAUUUGUUGUUCCAACUUUUUUAUAAAAGAACAGUUUCCUCUCA